UAGAAAAGUAGAAGCCCCGCCCAGUAAUGGAUAAAUGCGGCUGAGGGAGCAGCGCGCUCCGUGGUGCUGAGGGACAGUGGAGGACAUUGCGCUGUCAGUGCGGCGCCGUGAAGUAACGCGAGGGGACGGACGUGAUCCGGAGACGUCCUACGACGGGUGAAAGCUGGAAUGGCAGUCGUUGACAGAGCGUUUAGUGCAGCGCCGUUUUACAGGAUGGAAUAUCAUCAGACUUCGCACCCAUUUCUUCAGAGGACCAACACUUCUGGGAUUCAACCUGGACAAUCUAGAAAGCACAGGCUUGAAGAGGAAAACUCUGACUGCCCUAUGAAAAAAAGGAGAUUUUCUCCCACUCCAGCUGCGUUUCAAGACUCUCGUGCUCCAGGUGUUUUUGCUGGAGGUCCACGACAGCCAUUGUGGACUUCUAGCCAUUCACAAGUGAAUGAAUCUGCUGUUCCCACAGUGGUUGACCAGUCUCCCACCACCAUGCCGCCAGUUCCCACAGAGGAGAUGGAAGACGUGGUUGUAGAAUCUCAUUCUGAUGCUGUACUCAGAAGAAUUAGAGACAUUGAGAGCAGGCUUGUUGUGGAGGAUGAAGAGGAUGGCAACUCAAGAGAUAGUUACUUACCCACUCUCAUAAUGUCUGAUGUACUUGUGGAAGGCUUCAAAAAGAGACUGGAUGAAUCUCUCACCAGAAAAAUAGUGGAUUCUAUGAGUCGUCCUUCUAUGGAGCUUGUUCUUUGGAAACCCCAACCAGAAUUCCUUGUACAUAAACUGGAGAGAAUAGCCAGCAGCUACGAUGGUGAUAAAAAAGCGUCAAAGAAAAUCCAGAGCACACCUGCAGCGGCGCUCCUCCAGGAGAUAACCCUGGCUGAGGAGCCAUGUCCUUCUAAUGUAGACACUAUGUGGAACAGAGAUGAAGAAGAAAUGGAGCUAUAGUGGUGGUCUUACUACACCAUCUCUCCGUGUGCUCCAGUUCCAGCACACUUCUAUGAAGAGACCAUGUGACUGGAAUAUUGAUUUCUGUUUUAUGGACCCAUUGUACGGGCACUUUCUUUUUUUUUUUUUUUUUAAGAAGCUUUUUCAAAAGCUGGAUAUCCAGCUGUGGUUUUCAGCUGUGUUGGUCAUAGAGAUACUUUGGCCUAUGUACUCCUUAUUCCAGGGAAUGGAUCUGUACUGUUAGACAUUGGGGGUUAUUUAUCAAGGGACUUGUGACUAUUUUAGCCAUACAAAUUGUCGUAAGUCCACUUUUUGACCAGCCAUGCGACAAUAUUAAGUCACACGGCGGGUGUCAGUUUUUCACAGUUGGGCAGAGCGGGGAAGUGUCAUGGACGGUGCUGGGACUUCGGCCCUGGCAAAUUUAUUAACAUGUACACCUGGAAACGGGUGUACAUGUCGGCUAAGAACUAGGGCAGCCUGGCGCUUGCAUAUAUUUUCCGGCAGACACACAGCUGCCAGAGGAUUAGCCAUAUUUUUGACGAGGCUCGCACCUUGUCAUAAAUUGAGCUGAUUCUUUGGCAGCGCAAGGGGAAGAAGACUGGAGUGAAAACGCUGAUCUUUAUAAAUGUGCUCCAUCGUGUGCUGGCCUCUUAAGUGCCACGUAUUGACUUGCGCAGUAUUUAGACUUUACAAUUGUUGGCUUGAAGAAUUGCAUUUAUUUUGGGGGAUGGGACUGUUUUUAUAAGUUUGUUUACAUGAACUGUAUGUUUUUGUCUUAACACAGUGGAUGGUUCAGUCCAUUAUUUUGUAGACUUUUGAAGUUGCUGUCUUGUGAUGUAAGGGACCUGUAAAUAUUUUUCAAACUACAGUUUUUGGACAUGAAAUGUGUUUUUUUUUUUUGUUUUUUUAUAAAAUUCUUAAAUGGUCUGUGUUGUAUGUCAGUCCCAAACAUUUUCCAAAUCUAUAUUUGUGUUAUAUGAUUUUAUUGCAGAUUUUGCUGCGGAUUACAUCCUGUGCAUCAUCAUGGAUUAAAGAGGUUGUCCAAGUUAUAGCUAUAUAUGUUACGGUGGCUUAUAAGAUUAUUAAAAAUACAUUUGUACUUUA